GGAUACUUACAUGUACGACUUAACACGUCAAUAAAUAUAGUCGCUUUCACUGUAACUCAAAAAUCAACCAUGGCGUGAAAUGGAAGUUUCUUCAAAAUUAAGACAACCUGAACAGAGAAAAUUAGCUGACAUUUUCUACUUCUCUAAAUACAGCCAUGUCCGACUCAAAUGGUGACUUAAAAACAGUUCAGCAAACAGUUCAAAAUGUGGACGUCGAAACCGGUUCGAUUGAGGAAACAUCUAUAUCUAAUGGAAACGAACCUCAGAAACUAUACCAGGCUAAUACCUUCAGAAAGGAAUACCGACAACCCCACAGCGAGGAAUCUAUUAAAGAAUCGUGCUGCAAUCAAUUUAGCUCAAUCUGCAAUUGUUCAUCGGAACAAUUGAAGAAGGGCUUCUUUAAAACUGUACCUAGUAUUAAUAUUAUGAAAAAAUAUAAAAUUCGAACUGAUCUUCCAAACGAUAUCAUUGCUGGAUUUACCGUUGGUGUUAUGCAACUUCCACAAGGUAUGGCCUACGCCAUGUUAGCAGAUCUCCCACCUAUUGUCGGACUUUAUGUAGCAUUCUUUCCCGUUCUUCUCUAUUAUAUUUUUGGAACAUCCAAACACAUUUCAAUGGGCACUGUGGCUGUUGUGAGUCUUAUGACUGGAUCUAUUGUUUCACAACUGAAAGAAAAGCCAGGAGUUAUAACAGUCGAACCCUACAAUGUGACCGGUGGCAAUUAUACCACAACAACACCGGGUACACCUGAUCUUAUUUCUGCACUAGAUGUAGAAAAGAUGGCGUUAGCAGCGUCUGUAUGUUUUCUUGUCGGUGUGAUACAAGUAUUAUUUGGUGUUUUCCGUUUGGGAUUUGUCACCACAUAUAUGUCCGACCCUCUGGUCAGUGGAUUCACCACCGGGGCUGCUGUACACGUGUUUACUAGUCAAGUCAAGUACAUAUUUGGAUUAAAAAUAAAACGGUUUCCAAACCUAUAUCAAAUAUUUAAUACGUACAAAGCAAUUAUUGAGAACAUUGGUGAUACAAAUCCCGCUACAAUUAUAAUGUCGGCGAUUUGUAUUGUGAUUUUAUAUAUAGUGAAGGUUCAGGUCAACACAAGAUUCAAGAAACACUUGAAGAUACCUAUACCUGUUGAAUUAGUAGUGGUAAUCAUUGGUACACUGGCGUCUCAUUAUGGACAUUUUCAUGAUACAUAUGGAAUGAAAACUGUUGGGAAAGUUCCUGCUGGGUUACCGGAACCUAAAAUCCCUUCAUUCAGAGAUGCUGCAGAUAAUUUCAGUGAAGCUAUCAUUGUCGCCGUUGUUGCAUUUGCUCAGUCUGUUUCUCUUGCUGCCCUUAUGGCAAAGAAACAUCAUUACAGAAUAGAUUCAAACCAGGAAUUCAUUGCAUAUGGAGUAUCUAAUAUAUUUGGAUCUUUUUUCUCCUGUUACCCUGCUGCAGCGUCUGUUUCCCGUAGCUCUGUUCAAGAAUCAGCAGGAGGUAAAACCCAGCUUACGAGUGUAUUUUCUGCAGCUCUUGUUCUCAUUGUAAUUUUGGUUAUUGGACCUCUCUUUGAAGAUCUACCAAAUUGUGUAUUAUCAUCAAUCAUCGUGGUAGCAUUGAGAAGUAUGUUCAUGCAGUUGUUCCAGCUUAAAAAGCUGUUUCAUGUAUCAGCUUACGAUUUUGUUAUAUGGAUAGUUACAUUUAUAUCAGUGGUAGUGUUCUAUGUAGACAUUGGAUUGUGGGUAGGAAUUGGCUUUUCUUUUGUAACAGUUGUCGUCAGGACCCAGGUUGCUAAGGCCAGGAUAUUAAAGAAAAUCGAUCCUGUUAAUGCAUUUGCAGAUGAAUCUAAAUAUAUUAAGACUCGUGGAUUCUCGGGAAUAAGGAUUGUUGGUUUCAACGCGCCACUGUAUUUUGCUAACGGCGAUCUUUUCCUCCGACAAGUGUAUACCUUAUCCGAUACCAAACCAGAACGUGUAAGGAAACAAAUAAAAAGGCUUGGAUCCAUAUCGGAAUUCAGAAGACAGAGUUCCCUCAAAUCGCUAGAGUCUAUAUCAUCAUUCCGUUCAGCUCGUUCUGAUUCCUCGACUAGAAGUUCAAAUACAGGAAACUCGUUAGAAGAGAAUGGAUUCUUGCCAACAUCCAAUGAUCUUGCUCCAAUGGGAAGACCAAUAGAUACCAGUAUGGCCGACUGUGGAUACGUCCAUCAUAUAAUUCUUGACUGUUCCUCCAUAUGUUUUAUUGAUACGGUGGGCGGAAAGAUUCUUAAACAGUUGUGUGAUGAUUAUAAAUCAAUUCAUGUAACAGUGCUUCUGGCGUGCGUCUGUGAUCAGGCAUGGUCAGUGCUAGAAAAGACAAAGUUUGUGGAAAAACAUGGAGACGUUAUGUAUAUGACAGUUGAAGAUGCAGUUACUGCUGCUAGACUUGCAUCACCAGCAGAAGAGAGAAAAUUGCAAAUUUAUCUUGAUACUAUCAUGGAAGAAUCCGAAAUUAACACAGAGACACAAUUGAUUUCUGUUAAUACUUGACACCCGAAAAUAUACACAUGUAAAUAAAUCCAGUAGGAGCAUACGGGUACCAGUUAUCACGCAUGAAAUUCGAGCAGUGGAAAGUAAGGGUAAAACGAAGAUUGAACUCCGAUCAUUGCAAAAGGACAUACGAACUAAUAAACCAGUGAUUCCACAUUGCACCAUUUUAAGUUUCUGUUACACUUUUAAACAAAUAUUGUUUUAAUCCCACUAGUGCCUCUGUGAUACAUGUUAAGAAUAUAACUUUACCCCAGAAAUCGUUCAUAUGUUUAUCCGUUUUCCUGAAGGUAAUAUUGUUAAUUUUAAUAAGCUUUAUCGAGGUCAUUAUUUAGGUUUAAUUCCUUGAGGUUUGGCAAACCACAUUCAAAUAGUUAUUGAUGAAAUUAAAAUAGAAUAUAGCAUGGGCACUUGCAACACAUGGUGUAAUAUUUGAAUGAUGUCUAUUGUAACUCUUAACACUAGUAUAUUUUUUUUUUACAACUGUCCCCAUAAAUGAGUAACCCUAAUAAAUGCAAUGCUUUACGUCAUUUGCCAAAUCAAGUUAUACUUGUAUGCAUAAAGCAUACUGUUUUGGUCAUAUGAGUCACUGACAUAUGGCAAUGCAUUUUAAAGUAUAGUGCAUGAAUUUUUCUUCAAAACAAGACAUUUCGUAAUAUUGGCAUCAUUGUUAAAUAUUGUUCAUCUCACUUUGCCUUAUUUAUCACACUGUAUGUAUACAUUUAUUUUGUGUUUGCUUCAUAUUCUAUUAAUCUUCUUAAUAUGUAUUUUUUCUUCCUUCCUUUCAUAAACUGUUUAUUUAAUCAGGGUAUUAUGUUAUGUAGAAUAGAUUAUAACUCAUGUCAUUGUGACGAGUUCAGUGUAGAUGGGAUAAGUCACUAGUUGUUUUGCGCGUCCAUGAUUUUUUUUACUGUGUAUGAAAAGACCAUUGAACUAUGUUCUUAAUAAUAAAAAAUUUUAUGUCUGUUUUUUUUUUAAAUCUUCAUCAGAUACAAGGCGUUUAAAAAUGUGAUUGACAUUUCACAUAUAUUGGAUUUUUUUUAUUGCAAUCGUACAUGCAGCUGCACGUUUUGCUACUCGUUUUUAAGAAAGUUAAACGUUUUAUUGUCUGAAAUAGACUUUCUAUUGAGGUUGAUUUCAUAUGACCUGAAAGAUUCUCUUUCAAUCUUUCACAUGUUUCAGUGAUAGAGGGACCAAUAUUAGAUUAUAGGCUUGUACAGAUUAUGAACUUUAAAAAUGUUUACGACGCCAUAUGCAAUUUUCUUUAUUCAUCGUUGUUGCAAUAGGUAAAAUGCCGACACAGAGAACCAAAGAUCGUUUGUAUCGGUCUGCCAAAAUAAUGUGUAUACACUGUACAGACUAUAGAUAUACGAUUACAUGUGAUAUUCUUGUUAAACGGUUUUUUUGACGACAUUGUAUAAUAUAAAUGCAUUAACUGUAAAUAAAAAUAUUGUUAUGUUAA